UUGCUCUGUCUCAUUACAGUUUUCAAAUUCGGGUCUCUCUCUCAAUUUCCGGAGAAAGAGAAUAACUCCAAAUUUCAGCUGAAUAUUCUCUCCUCCAUGGUAAAGGACUUUGUCACGUAAAAUGGUGAGGGUGGGAACCCAUUCAAGCCAUGGUCAUCAGCAAUGCAGAUCAUUUCAUGAUUUCACACUUUUUUUUUUUUAUCCGAUCACUCUCCUCUCUUUUUAGAAACAAAAGGGUUUUGUUUUGCAAAGAUUUGAGGCGGUGGGUUGGGUUGGAUUAAAAGGGACUUCUAGAACCCAGUUAGUCUUUUGCUGCAUCCAAAAUCCAAAAACUUUGCAGUCCUUCGUAUGAAUAUGAUAUGACACCCUUCUAGACUUUUUAGGCGCACGGGAUUCGUGGGAGUGACUGCUUUUUCUCUAUUCUACUCUUUAUUUUCUUCAAUUGUCAGUUGCUGCAUCUGUGCCUCUGUUUUUGGGUUUUCUCUGUUUCUCAUCGUGUAGCUUUUUUAGGGUUGAUUAUUAGAUAUGGGAUCCGGGGUCGUUCAUUGUUCUAAGAGUUUGGAAAGCAUACUUCAGGUUUCAGUACCGCAUCCACUUUUUUCUUCUUCUUCGAAAUCAUCGCAUUCAAUUUCUUUUCCUUCGCUGACAAAACCCAGUGGAAGCAGUGGAGCUUUGGCUGAUGGGUUCGUUCAUCGUUUGGUCUCUUCUGGGUCGAGUAGUUUGAAAGGUCGUAACUCGAAGCAACGUUGUAGGGCCAAUUUUGAUGAUUUCUCCUACGAAGAAUUAUCGAAGCAGAUUGAAGAUUUGGCACAAAAUUUCAACCUUUCUGAAGAAGAUGAUGAGGAAAGUGAAGAGGAACCACCUUUGGUUGUAUCGAAAAUCUCCAAAACGUCUCCGGUUUCCAUGUUCCCAGAAGGUGAAAACAGCAAAUCUAAUGGCUUUUCAUUGCAAUCUUCGAGCUUGAAGCUCAAUGCUUUAGAACCUUCUCUUCUUGGUAUUCAUCCAGAGCCACCAGACUGGCCAGAAAGAAAUGAAAUUGUUAGAGCCACCAUUGAAAGAAAGGCCAACAGCCUUGAGUUUCCUAUGUCUCUUAGGCUAAUAAAGAAGAAGCAUCGCCAAUGGGAAGGGAGCCCCAGAGGAGAAGCAGGGGAGUUUACUUCUUGCUCUUUGAACAAGGCAUUCUCUUCCAUGGUGUUCAUCGUACGUGAGCUUCAUAGCAGCGCUUUAAGUAUAAGGGAAAGUCUUUACUCUGAAGACUUGCAAGAGAUCGUAGCUAAGGUGCAGAAGAGAGAAAUGAACAUGUCAUUUGUGUGGUUGUUUCAGCAGGUUUUCUCGAAAUCACCGACUCUCAUGGUCUAUGUGAUGGUCUUGCUAGCAAAUUUCACAGUGUACUCGAUGAAUAAUAAUGCUGCUGUUGCAGCUAUACCUUUGCCAGUUAUCACCGAGAUUUUGACUGUGACUGAGAAAAAGGAACAGCCCAAUUCAAAAUCCCAUGAUGCUUCCGAAGUCGACAUAUUUUCUGUGACUGAUUCUAAUGGAGUUGUGAAAAGGAGCUCGAAAGAAGGCGUAAAUGGUGGUGGUGGUGACAAAGUGAGCCCGAUAAGUUCAAUCAAGAAUGCCAUUGUUGAUCCUGAAAAGAUGUAUGGUAUUUCGUUGUUCAAUCAUGAGGAGUUCACAACCGAGGAGGAGGUGAAAUUGUGGAACUCUGUGGUGGAGGAAGCUUCAAGGAUGCAAGCAGAAUUGAGGGAUGAGGCCCUUGAUCAUGAAACCCUGCAACAAUUUGUGUCGCCGGUGACGGUGAAUGUCGAACCAGAUUAUUAUGACGAAUACUUUAGAACUGAUGUUUUGUACCAGAUAGGUUUAGCUAAGGAGCCCGAUAAUGCACUCCUACUCUCCAACUAUGCACAGUUCCUCUAUGUCGUGAUGCGUGAUCAUGAUAGGGCUGAGCAGUGCUUCAGGCGCGCCGUGCAAGGGGAGAAACCAGAUGCCGAGGCCGUGAGUCGAUAUGCAGACUUCUUGUGGAUAGUAAGGAAAGACCUCUGGGGUGCAGAAGAGAGAUACCAGCAAGCAAUGGCAACUGAACCCUGCAACCCCUACUAUGCCUCCAAGUAUGCCAACUUCCUCUGGAGCACUGGCGGCGAAGACACCUGCUUCCCCCUCGAUACAUCCUAUGAUAACUACAACCAAGUUUUGUAAUUUGAUAAAUAAGUAUGAGCUACCAUUACCAUCCGGCAGUGCCAGGGACGUGUUACUGCUCCAAUUAAAUUAAGUAUCUAUAGGAAAGAAUUUGACCAAGAAUGUAAAUAAAAACCUGUCAUUCUCAUUCUAGACCAGAUUGACUGCAGAGUUAUAGCAUAUACCUAGUUUUGUACUCCAGUUUGAUCGCAAUAAGAAAUGAGUUUGACAUUGAGUUUUGACCAA